UGAGAAUGUUUAUUUGUUUUAAUGAUCCAUACACAUAAGAUUAAAAGCAUAGUUGUUUAUCAAACUCCCAAAACCCUAUCUAGAAUAUUGGCUCAAAAUAGAUAUCAUUACGUCAUUUUACGAAAAAGGUGAUCCAAAGAACAUUGCCAAUUUGGGGUGGGCGUGUCCAUCGAUCCCUGUACAAAUGUACAUAGAUACAUGGCUUUGAAAGAUGAGGAGAAGAAUUGAUUUCUACUGUUUGUGGAAUCUUGUCAUCUUCAUCAUCCUGAUUGCACUAUUCUUCUACUUCAUAUAUGGCAAAUGGUAGUGAGAAUAUGCUGUGGAGCUUUGGAGAACAUGACAAACAUUUUGAAACAAUUUAGUUCAGUGCAGUCAUUCAUGAAAGAUGGUGCUCAAGUAACAUUCCAGAAUGUCAUGUCAAGUUAUCACAUGUCAACGAUGAGUCUAGGUUUAUGAUGGUCCAGGUAUGCAUUCGGCUGUCAUUUCAAAACAAUGGGCAUUCCCAGAUUGAAUUCACCAUGGUCAACCAAUUAGAAGGGCAAGUCAAGAUUCUGACUGCAUUACACAGUCGGCUCUGGUUAAUUUUGUGUGAUGAGGUGCACAAGGGCAGCAUGGCGAGCGCCUGCAGUAGUGGACUGAUCGAUGUAAACAUCACCGGCGAACAACUCAAUAAACUACUUCAGUUUGUUGAACUUUCAAAGCCACUGAAGCCUCUAACCACAACAGACAAACCGGAGGACAAAAGACAGUCUCAUAACACUAACAGCAUACUGACAAAUCUCACCAACCCAAAAGAUGGAUUAGCCAAACCGAAAAAAAUCUAUGUUGAUAAGUGGCCAGAGCCAGUGGUUCGAACAGAUUUCACGAUUGUUCCACAGGCGCCGAGGUCUGGCGUGGCGAAACCAUUCACAGGAGGCGCACCUGUCACACCAGAAAUCGCUACCAAUCUCCGUAAAGUCGUGCACGGGUCCACGAUUCAUUCCUUCACCACUGAGUGGAAGCGAGCGUGCUUCAAAUUCCGUAACGUCGACAGUCCGUUUCCGUACGGUCUCGAGGGGCAACGGAACGGCUCACGCGGAAUCAUCACAUGUGUUCAAGCGUUCGUCAUCAAACAACUCGUAUUUAGUCAUCUCUCGGUGGUCAGAAUCAGGAGCGCCAUCUCCACAAUGAAAAAUACUGCUGGACAGUGCUAUCUGAAACCGACCAAUUCAGAACGAAAAGAUGCGCUCAUCAAAGCGAUGGUUGAAAUUUUAUGGAACGUCGGUGAAAAUAAACACGCAACGAUUGUGCUACCGCAGGAGAGGCAAUGUUUUGAAAAACAAAGCGGAUAUAGACAUGAUGGCGUCACAGAAUGUUUACACCUGUUUGAGUUCAAGCACCAAGACGACUUGAAGAACUUCUUGACGAAGUACAUUGCAUAUUUUGAGUUGGAGGAUUUCCAUGGUUGUGUCCUCUUUCUCUAUAGCUUGGCACUCACAAGAACAUUCGAAAAAUUAGAAGAGGACUUCAACCACAGCCCACUUGUCAAGUUACUAAACGACAUGGAGGACUGUAGCCAAAGUUUGGUGAAUUUGAUCAUCACUGGGAAAGCUGUGCCAUACCUUCACAAUGGGACCAUGAUCUACGACAGCCAAGUGCGAGUUCUGAAAAAGCCCCUGGUUGGAAUCCUCAACCGCAGUGACGUAGGGUACUUAUUGUGGGACAAGACGGAGCUGGAUGAAAUGAGGACCCAGGUUGGUAGCAUGCUGAAGACGCCGAAGCUCCCAAUAUGGAUCACUAACGUCAACGGCCACUUUGGUCUCCUGUUUAGUACGAAUCCCGACCUGAUCAGCGAUUGGAGGGUCGAGCACCGCUUCACAUUGCACUAUUAUACAGUACUGUAUAGUCAGACGGAGGCCUGCCAGUUAUCUGUAGAUACACGCUAUGGUCGUCAGCGACAUGGAAAGACUGCUUUGCACAGCAUGGAAGAAAGAAAGAAAUUACCUGCGCUUGAACAGUGCAUCAUGACCAAGUGGCCGGAUGCCCAAGUCACAUGGAACGACCGAGUUUCUCCAUUCCUGUAAUUUGAUUGGACGACUGGUACAUGUAUUGUUGAAUAGCCUACGGACACGAUAACCCGUCACAAGUCCUGCCAGUUUUGCUGAAUUCUAAAACUUUGACAUAUCCUUCCAGUGCAUCAACUUUGACUGCAAUAAUAAUGCGAUAAAAGAUAAGGGAUUCCAUUUUGUCCAUUUUGAACCAAACUUAUGGCUCAGAUUUCCUCUUUAACUUUUCACUUAUCAGUUACCGAUAGUUGUAGUUCCACCUAUCAUAAAACCCUGUGUUUUUUCAAGACCCGUGUCUUCGCCGUGUGUCAAAAAACCCAUGGCGCACUUACACCUAUCAGUGGUGUUAGAUAAUGGUUAAUAGCCCCGGCGACAGGUGCGCUGUAGGUAGGGAGCUCUCCUGUGUUUCUUUCCCGUCGGAGGGGAAUUUCGCAUGCGCAAUACCGAGGCAACUACACCGCGCCAUCUGUCGCCGGAUCUUAGAACUUGCAAUUGCCGUGUCUAUUCAGAUUCUACCUAUCAAAAAACCCGUGUUGAACACGGGUCUAAAUUGGCCCCCGAUUAGCCCCAUCGAGCUCGAUGGGGCUAAUAGACACGGGGAUUUGACACACGGGUCUAUUUAGACACGGCAAUUCAUAGGUGUAAGCUCAAAAGACACGGGGAUUCGAUAGGUGGAAGUACGACUAUAGUUACAGUUCAGAUAAUAGGUAAUGUCUUCCUUAAUCCGUUCAAAGCUUUAAGUGUUAGUGAUUGUUUCGCGAAUCAGACAUGUCCAAUCUUUCCGAGUGGUAGCUUAAAGGUACAUUUUUGCACCUACAGUGGAAGCUCUCAAUAAUGGACACACUCAGGACUGACAAAUGCUGUCCUUAAUUGAGAGGUGUCCUGAUAAUAGAGGUCACAUUGAUGCUAAACGACCAGUUUAUCCUGGAAAACUUCAGCUCUGGAAGCUGACUAUUUACAUAAGAAAACACCAUGCAUGUAGGUCAUGUAAUAUGCAUGUAUACACACCAGUAGAUGUCCAAUUUGAGAAUGGUCCAUAUGUAAUUAUUCUAACACAAACAUCAUUUGUUGUAACAUGUAUAUGCAAUACAUUACUGUAAAGAUUCUUGUGGUUAUUUCAGACAUUCCAUAUUAAAUGUUAGUUAACAAUAUCAA